UUUUUAUUUUAUUUUUUUUAUUUUUUCAUAUAAACUAUAAAUACAUUCUUUUCUUUAUUAUGGCUACAAAAAAAAACUCUAAAUUAAAGACCUAUCUAGAUUCAAAUUUCAUUGAGUUUAAUAGUAAUUCUGAUCGGUUGAAAGCUCUAUAUUCUGAUUUUUCUAAACUUUGGAUAUUAAAUAAAUAUGGUUAUGAUUCUCAUGUGAGUUAUUGGAGACGAAUUAUACUUGACUGUAACCAGCAAGGUUAUUUAAGAUCUGUAGAUUAUGCUAUCGUGAUUGAUCAAGAUACGAUUGCAGAACAAUUUCAAAGAUCACUCAUCGGUAAACCUUUGGCACUUGAUUGUGUGAUUGAACAAAUGAUUAAAGAAGAAGAAUUGAUCCCACUUGAAGAUUAUAAUACAAAAUUUGCAUUACCUACAACUUGGUUUGGUUGGAUUGUUGAUACUGUUAUUAAGAAUACCUGGCAGUGGCGAUGGCGUUCUGAAGGAUUAAGUCAUCCAUCAAAACAUUAUGUGGUGUUACCUACUGUAAAGGCUAUCGCCAAGUCCAUCUUGAGUCAGCAUUUAUCACAUGGAAAUAAUAAUAGACAUUUGAUGACACUUUCUCAAUUUAAACAAUUAUAUAGUCAUCACUUUGUAAAUGAAAUUGAGCUGACAGAUGCUGAUCUAUCGCUCCUUUUGAGAUAUUUGCAUUCACAACAUGGAGUUGCGCUUGCAGAUCAUGUAAAAGGGUAUGGUACAACCUAUAUGAUUAUUAAAUUUCCUGAAAGAGAAGAUCAAACAGCGACUAUUACACAAAAUGAUGAGGCUCUGAUCAACAUUCGGACAACCUGCUAUGCAUUAUCAGUACAAGUGGAUGAGUUACAAAAGAAAUCAGAAGAGUUAGGAAAAGAGGCCUUAGAAGAAAAGAAAAAAGGACAUAAAGCCAAGGCAUUCUACUGUUUAAAACGUAAAAAGAAUCUUCAAGAAGUACUUGAAAGAAGAUUAAAGUCAAUGGAGACCAUGGAUACUAUUUUAAUGAAAAUUGAAUCUUCUCAAGAUGAUAUCCAAGUUAUACAAGCCUUUAAUAUGGGUGCAAAAGCAUUAAAGAACUUAUUAGGUAAAGAUGGACUCAGUGUCGAAUCUGUGGAUGAUGCGAUGGAAAAGAUACAAAGUGUUUUACAAGAUCAAAAGGAGAUUGAGGAAGCUCUUAGGAUUGGGACAGAAGAUAUUAAUGAUGUUGAUGAUCAAGAAAUUGAGAAUGAAUUAAAUGAAUUAAUUAAAGAUUAUGAUAAAGUAGCAAUACCUCCGUCUAAACACGUGACAGAUCAUAAAGAAGCAGAUGAUGAUCAUGUUCAAUCCGAGUUGUCAAGGUUAAAUCAUUUAUUUUCAUCCGUUAAAAACACACCAACUAAUUUAUCUAGCGAGAAUCAGACUUCAGCUAAUAGAAAACAAGAAUUUGCAUCUUAAAGCAUAACAUUGUGUUAUUCAUGAAUAAAGUUCAAUAAUUAUCUAUUAUAAAUCAAUGAUUAAGAAGAAGGAAAAUAAGCAAAUUUAGUAACUGAUAUCAACAUUAUUGUGUCAUGUUUAAGAAGAAGAUAAAAUUACAAUCAUGUAUAAAUAAGCAUUCACUAAAAUGAAAUAGCCCAUUAUCCUGGUUGGUAAAACAAAUAAAUGGGAUGGUGUAAGUAUAGCCUUUAUUAUUAUUAUUAAUGCCAAACUUGGUCAAUAAAAGGAGUUGUUGGUAUUUUAGAAAAAAUCAUAGUCAUUUU